ACUGUGACUAGAGUACAACAAACUACCAAAAAAGGGAAACAACGAAGCGAGAGAGCGCGAGACAGAAAGGCAGACACGCACACGCGCACGCACGCACGCACGCACACAACACAGAGGAGAGUGAGACGAGCACAUCUUCAUCAGUGUUAAACACAAACUCUCGUCAGUCGGAUCAAGUGAGUGGCUUUAGAUGUUCAAGCAUUAAGUUGAGAGUAGACAGAGAUCUCUUCAGACAUGAGGAUGAUGUUGACUGUGGCCUGUCUACAGCUGUUUUUGGCCCCUGUUUUCAUGCAAGCCACUGGUGAUUAUUGGGAUAAGUGGGGUCCAUACGGCGAGUGCAGCCGAACGUGUGGCGGUGGGGUGACCGAGAGGUUGAGGCGAUGUGUUACCCAGCGGAUUGAUGGAGGUCACAGCUGCAUCGGACCAAAGAAGUCCUAUCGCUCAUGUAAUAUUCAGGACUGUCCUGAAGGCUCCAGAGAUUUCAGAGAGGAGCAGUGCUCUCAGCACGACGGCACAGAUUUUCAAGGGAAGCGCUACAAAUGGCUUCCAUACUAUAGUGCAGAGAACCCCUGUGAGUUAAACUGCAUUCCAAGAGGAGAAAAUUUCUACUUUCGGCAUAAUUCUGCUGUGGUGGAUGGGACUCCCUGUCACCCGGGGGGAAAAGACAUCUGUGUGGAGGGACUGUGUAAGCGUCUGGGCUGUGAUAACAUGCUGGAGUCGCCCCAGGAGGAGGACCCGUGCCUGCAGUGUGGAGGAAACGGACAGUCCUGCAAGCAAGUGAAAAACAACUUUUCAAUGCGUACCCUGUCUAAAGGUUACAAUCAAAUGUUCAUCAUUCCUGUUGGAGCUACAACAAUCAGCAUCAGAGAGAAUAUACCGACACGAAAUUACCUAGCAAUCAAAAACCUGCGGGGUGAGUAUUAUCUUAAUGGACAUUGGGUGAUUGACUUCUCUCGUGCCAUGCCCAUCGCCAGCACCAUGUUAUAUUACCAGAGGGGAACGGAGGGGGAAAAGACCCCCGAGGUCAUCACCGGCCGGGGUCCCACAACCGAGCCUCUAGUGAUCGAGCUGAUCACUCAGGAGCCCAACGAGGGAGUGGAGUAUGAAUACUAUCUGCCUAAAGGACGCUUUACAGAGGGAUACUACUGGAGCUCUGGCUCCUGGUCGGCCUGCAGUAAAGAGUGUGGCUCAGGUUAUCAGUCGCGUCUGGUCUUCUGUACAAUUGAUAAUGAAGCGUACCCUGAUUACCUGUGUUCCUCUAUCCCCCGACCCCUCACCAACCGCACCUGCAACGAACAGCAAUGCCCACAAACCCGCCGGAUGGUGUAUGUGUACGAGCCGCAGUUGUGGAGGCCCAUGGAAACAACUCGAGUCUUAGCACAGGUGUACAGCUGGAUGACUGGUGAGUGGAACCCAUGUCCAGUGACCUGUGGCGGAGGUCUUCAGGUGAGGAGAGUGGAGUGUAUGUCUCACGACACAAGUGGAUCGCGGGUGGUGGAGGAUUCGCAGUGUGCCGCAUACGCCCCCAGACCUCUGAGCCAACAGAACUGUAACAUGCAGAAGUGUGCUAAAUACAGAGUUAACACCUGGAGUCAGUGCUCCGUGUCAUGCGGCUCCGGGCAGCAGACGCGAGAUGUGGUGUGCAUAGGUUCAGAUGGAGUACCGCUGGAGGACUAUCUAUGUGGGACCCAGCCAAAGCCCCCCACAACACAAACCUGUGAGAUGCCCACCUGCAGAAAUCCCAUUGGCUGGCAUAUUGGAGACUGGGGCCUGUGCUCAAAGAGUUGUGGCUCUGGGCUGCGAGAGCGGCAGGUGAUCUGUUCAGACAGACAUCGAACACUCUACAGGGCAGAAGAGUGCCAGGCAAAUCCCAAACCCUCAACAGUUGAAAUCUGCAAUGCUCAGCUGUGUUACAGGCCUCAGGAGGUGCCCAGCAUGCCAGAUCCAACAGGAUAUGACAACACUGUUCAGGGUUUCCAGCCGUACUUCAACAAUCCCUCAUUUGCAAAUCCUCAGUACAAAGCGGUCAACAGUCCUUACGGCACAACUGUCCCCCCUCACUGUAGCCAGACUCGGUACGGGUGCUGUCCUGAUGGAGUAACCCUUGCUGGAGGACCACAGAGACAAGGCUGUGCCCAGGAUGCAGGUCAACCCUCCUGCACAAGGAGCAGGUACGGCUGUUGUCGUGAUGGUGUGACUGUGGCACAGGGUCCCAACAAAGAGGGCUGUCUGGAGUCCUGGCUGCGCUGGCCUCUAACAAAAGAUCCCGUACCAUCUGCAUCCACAGACUGUCACUCGUCAAACUUUGGUUGCUGCUAUGAUGGUGUGACGUCUGCUGUUGGUCCUCGCGGGGAGGGCUGCCCCAACACCCCCAGAAAUACACAGCGCCCCAUGGCCUGUGACCAGGCUGUCACGAUCGGCCCGUGUGAUCAGUGGACCUCCCGUUACUACUACGACCAGUCGGACUCACGCUGCAUGCACUUUUGGUAUGGCGGCUGCCACGGCAACAGCAACAACUUCUUCUCAGAGGAGGAGUGUCAGCAGACAUGCCUCAGCAAGCCGCGCGUUACAGCUUUGCAACUCGCAGAAAGACGCUUUCCUGUGCGUAAGCGUCUCGGCUCCGGUGCCGGGAACAACACUCACCGGUUCCACCGACCCGCGGCCGACACCAUGCAGCAGAGUGACCCUGCAGCCAGCUCGACAUCUGCAGGUGUGAGUAUAGAUAAGUCUGACCCCUCUUCGGUGGAAGGGCUGGUUGGUCAGCGGGUCGUUUUGCCCUGCCGGGUCAGCCCACGACCUUCCUCCUUUGUAGUUGUGGAGUGGAGACGAGAUGGUGUUCUUGUUGACCCCAUCAGGCAUCAGCAGCAGCCGGACGGCUCUCUUCUGGUGGGUCCCGUCACAUUACAGGACUCCGGCUGGCUUCUGUGUGUGGCCACAAGAGACCGUGAGAGAGACUACCGUUACAUCGACCUGUCUGUCUCAGAUGCAAGAACCUCCCAGAAUGGAGCGGGAACAGAGGCAGAUUCUUCACAGUCAUACACUUCAAAUUCAUCCUCCAGGUUCACUGUUGACUUUUCACCACUGGUCGAGACUAGAGUUGGUCAGACGGCUAAACUGCAGUGCACAGUGCUGCCGGCCUCCGCCCUACACACGCUCACGAUUCACUGGAGCAGAGCCGGACAGCCACUUAACUCACUCAGGCACUCUCAACACUCAGACGGGACAUUGAUGAUAAACCAGGUGACGUCAGAAGAUUCAGGGAUCUAUACCUGCACAGUCGCAGACAGUCACAAGAGUGAAGAACGUCAGAUUCAGCUCAAAGUGUUCGGCGACCUCAGGAUCACUAAAGCACCCACUGACGUCCAUGUGGCUCGGGGUGGCAUCGCUCAACUGCUCUGCGUGGUGUCAGGAGAAAACGCCAGAGUUGGCUGGUCAAGGAACGGUGUGCCCGUGCGACCAGAUGGAUUUCACGUACAUUUGUCGGCAGACGGGACGCUCAUACUAAACAACGUCCAGCCAAUGGAUGAGGGGACGUACACAUGCAAUGCUUAUAUCGGGACGUACUCCGUCAGUGCAGUGGCUGAAGUACGACUGGUCAAAUCACCACAACAAGAUGUUGAUGGGAGUCAGGGGUUGACGCCCGACUGUGUGGAUCAGCCUGAACAAGCCAACUGUCUCCUGAUCGUGUACGCCCGCUUGUGCUCCCAUCAGUAUUACUGGAGUUUCUGCUGUGCCAGCUGUGCAAAAUACACCAGAGACAAAGACAGACGAAGACACAUCAGAUCAUCAGGUCAUGUGCAGUGAAUCCAGCAAUCUCAUUGGCUGAUUCAUCCUUCUCUUCAGCAUGCCAUCAUUUCACCUGUCAACAGCUCAACACUGACCUCAGAUCUGCAGCGUGUGGAUUUAAUUUAUACUGCUAAUGCUUCUGUGUGCAAACUGAGACCGUACGCUCAGGAUCCGUCAUAGUUUAUUUAUCAUCAUGUAUUAUACUGUCAUUAGGAAUGAAUUUAAAUAAAUCAUCUUUUUUACUACAAAGAUAUCACU